GCGGGCGGGGCGGCUACAGAGAGACUCCUUGGGCUUGGGGCUGCGCCUCUGGCCGCUCUGUGCCCCGCGAGAGGGAAGGGACCCGGCUGGCUCUGACGGCACCAUGGGGCACCCGCGGCCGCGGGGGCCGGAGCGCCCCGCGGCUCCUGAGCGCAGGCCCCUGAGAUGUCUCUGAAAGCAGAAAGCCAUGCAGCCACAUCCACGCUGAAGAAACUCGCUACAGACAUGAGCAACAUCAUCGAGAGCCUGGACACCAGGGAGCUCCAUGUGGAGGGGGAGGAGGUGGAUGCAGAGGUGCUCACUGACCCCAAAGGCACCGUGUGCAUUCCCUUCUCUGCCAUCUACCACACCCAUGGGUUCAAAGAGCCGGGCACGCAGACGUACCUCACGGGAUGUCCUGUCCGAGUGCGUGUGUUGGAAGUUGAACGCUUCACUUCCACAAAGAAGGUGCCAAGCCCCAAUGUUUACACCAUCGAGCUGACCCAUGGAGAGUUCGUCUGGCACGUGAAAAGGAAGUUCAAGCACUUCCAGGAGUUUCACAGGGAGCUGCUGAGGUACAAAGCCUUCGUGCGCAUCCCUAUCCCCACCAGGAGUCACACGGUGAGAAGACAAUCCAUCAAAAGGGGAGAGCCGAGGCAGAUGCCAACUCUGCCGCACACCGCGGAGAGCACGGUGCGGGAGGAGCACUUCUCCAGCAGGAGGAAGCAGCUGGAGGACUAUUUGACAAGUAUCCUGAAAAUGCCAAUGUACAGGAACUACCAUGGAACAAUGGAGUUUGUUGGAGUAAGCCAGCUGUCAUUCAUCCACGACCUGGGACCGAAGGGCAUAGAAGGGUUCAUCAUGAAGCGCUCCGGGGGCCACCGCAUUCCUGGCCUGAACUGCUGUGGCCAAGGGAGGAUGUGCUACCGCUGGUCCAAAAGGUGGCUGGUGGUGAAAGACUCCUUCUUGAUGUACAUGAAGCCUGAUUCAGGGGCCAUUUCCUUUGUCUUGCUGGUUGAUAAGGAGUUCAACAUCAAGAUAGGCCAGAAAGAAACAGAAACUAAAUAUGGCUUGCAGAUUGACAAUCUCUCCAGGUCACUGAUUCUGAAGUGUAACAGCUACAGACAUGCCCAGUGGUGGAGGCAGGGCAUAGACGAGUUCAUCCGGAAACACGGCAAGGACUUUCUGACGGAGCAUCGCUUCGGCUCCUACGCGGCUGUGCAGGAGAACACCCUGGCCAAGUGGUAUGUCAAUGCCAAGUGGUACUUUGAAGACGUCGCAAAUGCCAUGGAAGCUGCUAAGGAAGAAAUUUUCAUCACAGAUUGGUGGCUGAGCCCGGAAAUCUUCAUGAAGCGACCGGUGGUGGAAGGGAACCGCUGGAGGCUGGACUGCAUCCUCAAGAGGAAAGCACAACAAGGAGUGAGAAUUUUUGUUAUGCUGUACAAAGAGGUAGAGCUUGCCCUGGGGAUCAACAGUGAAUACAGCAAGCGGACGCUCAUGCACCUCCAUCCAAACAUCAAGGUGAUGAGGCACCCUGACCACGUGUCCUCCUCUGUGUACCUGUGGGCCCACCACGAGAAGCUGGUGAUUGUUGACCAGUCAGUGGCAUUUGUGGGUGGCAUUGACCUGGCCUACGGGCGCUGGGACGACGACGAGCACCGCCUGACCGACGUGGGCAGCGUCAAGCGCGCCGCCGCCGCCACCAAGUCGGUGUCCACCGCCAACCUGGCAUCUGCAGCAGAGUCAACUGAACAUGUCCCACCACAGCCUCAAACUCUGGCACCAGAGAGCCACUUGUUUGAGAGAAAUGCUGAAGAUGCCCCAGACACAUCAAAAAUGAAAGGAGUAGGAAAACCCAAAAAGUUUUCAAGGUUCAGCAUUUACAAGCACCUGCACAAGCACGGCAUGCACCAUGCUGACAGCGUCAGCAGCAUCGACAGUGAGUCAAAUAAAGGAUCCAUUCGUAGCCUGAAGACUGGAGUUGGAGAACUGCUUGGGGAAACUAGGUUCUGGCAUGGAAAAGACUAUUGCAACUUUGUCUUUAAAGACUGGGUUCAACUCGACAAGCCUUUUGCUGACUUCAUUGACAGGUACACCACCCCCAGGAUGCCCUGGCACGACAUCUCCUCCGUGGUGCACGGCAGAGCCGCGCGCGAUGUCGCCCGGCACUUCAUCCAGCGCUGGAACUUCACCAAGAUUAUGAAACCCAAAUACCGGUCCCUGUCCUACCCCUUCCUGUUGCCAAAAUCUCAGCAAACUGCUAAUGAAUUGAAGUAUCAGGUGCCUGAGGCUGUUCCUGCCACAGUCCAGGUGAUCCGCUCUGCUGCUGACUGGUCUGCUGGCAUUAAAUACCACGAGGAGUCCAUCCACAAAGCCUACAUCAGUGUGAUAGAAAACAGCAAGCACUACAUCUACAUAGAGAACCAGUUUUUUAUUAGCUGUGCUGAUGAUAAAGUUGUCUGGAACAAGAUCGGUGAUGCGAUUGCUCAGAGGAUUCUUAAAGCUCACAGGGAGAACAAGCGUUUCCGAGUGUACGUGGUGAUCCCGCUGCUGCCGGGCUUUGAAGGGGACAUCUCGACGGGCGGGGGCAACGCGCUGCAGGCCAUCAUGCACUUCAACUACAGGACCAUGUGCCGAGGGGAAAACUCCAUCCUGGGCCAGCUGAAGGCAGAGGUUGGAGAUAAGUGGAUAAACUACAUAUCAUUCUGUGGCCUCCGAACAUAUGCAGAGCUGGAAGGAAAGCUGGUCACAGAGCUCAUCUAUGUGCACAGCAAACUGCUCAUUGCUGAUGACAACACAGUUAUAAUUGGCUCUGCCAACAUCAAUGACCGCAGCAUGCUGGGGAAGAGGGACAGUGAGAUGGCCAUCAUCGUGCAGGACAGCGACACCGUGCCCUCGGUCAUGGACGGCCAGGAGUACAGCGCCGGGAGGUUCGCGCAGUCCCUGCGCCUGCGUUGCUUCAGGGUUGUCCUUGGCGGCUCCGAUCUCAAUCCGGAACACCAGGAUCCCGUCUGUGACAAAUUCUUCAAGGAGGUGUGGAUUGCCACAGCAGCUCGCAAUGCCACCAUCUUUGAUAAGGUGUUUCGCUGCCUUCCCAGUGACCAGGUGAAUAAUUUAGCCCAACUGCGUGAUUUCAUCAACAAGCCCAAAUUAGCAAAUGAUGAUCCUACAAAAGCAGCAGAAGAAUUAAAAAAGAUUCGUGGGUUUUUAGUACAAUUCCCCUUUCGUUUUCUGGAGGAAGAGUACUUGCUUCCCUCUGUCGGAACAAAGGAGUCCAUGGUACCCAUGGAGGUUUGGACUUAAGAAGAUGCAGACUGCUUUGCCUUUUAAAGUCUUGUUCUCAGGAGAGAAGUUAAUGAAAAAUACGGGAUUUUGGAAAACAAAAGUAGACAAAAAGCUUCUCCACUAAGCUAAUGAUGCCUUCUGAAGGAUUUUGGUAGAGGAACUUGAAGCAAAUCAACACUAGCAGACAAGAGGAGCAGAAAAACUUGGAAGUGAUGGCAGAUGAGAAGUGUAACCUCUGGAGGAGUUACUUCUUCAGGCAUGUUCUGAGCAUCUAAAGGAUGCAGGCUACUUCCUAGGACAGGAACUGACUCCCAAUCGAUGUUGUCAUCACUGCCAGCUGUGUCCUGUGGUUGUGUUCAUACUGUGAUCGUGCUGUGGCUGCACAGGAGUCGUGUGCUGCUUCUCAGGCUUUGGGUAUCUGCACCUUGGCUCGCUGGAGUUCCCCAUCUCACCCCUUCCACACCAUCAGAGCACAUUGUGCAGCCCUGCCACUGUUGGGAAGUGCCAUUUGCUGCUGCCUUGGGCUGUCCUGCAGCUUUCCAAGUGUGGGUGUUUCAGUUCUUAACAGAGAAACAGACUAACAAUCCUGUAUCAGAAUCAACAUUUUGGUCUCUUCAUCCCUUUGGGGGAAAAAAAUCCUCUUCCUAUUGCAGCUGGAGCAAUCAGCAGCCCUCAGGCUUGGCAGAGGGCAGUCUCAGUGGAGCUGGAGAUCACUGGAGUUUGCUGGCCUGUGCAGACCCAGCACAUCAGCGUGGUCCCACUGAGUAUGGCUGUUUUCCUCAGGAGAGGAUCAAGGUUCCAGCUCAAACCUGAGGUGUCCAGAGCCAGGGGAAACCAAGGCACUGCAUGUAACAGGACUGAGACUCAAAAGCCAGCAUGAUCUGCACCAAGCUCUGCACUCUGCUUGUGUGUUUACCUUGGGUAGAUUUUCAUUUCCAUUCCUUUCCCCCCUAUUUAAAAGAAGGCAAAGGCCAUUAAGCUGACACCAUGCUCAGACUGAGCUGACGUGUGGAUUUGUAGAUGGGGUGAAUGCAAGGGGGAAGGGGAGCAGGGGACAAAGCCUUGUCUCUGUUUUGUUACUGAACCAGCCACAACCUUGAGUUCAGUCAUGCAGGACCUGCCUUGCCAAGCAGAGGUAAAGCUCAGCACUGCACAUUCCUGUUUUCUAUUGCUCUAAGAAGGUUUCCAAAGCUCUUUUGCACCUCCCUGCAGAGAAGCAGCAGUUCAAUCCAGCAUCCUGGGAAAAACACUACAGUUCCUUGGUGAGGACCUCGUGUGGGGGGCACCAGCCUGGGUCUUGCCCCAUGCUCCAUCCUGCAGUGAGGCCAUGUCUCCCAAUUUCAUGUCCAGCUCCAACCUGAGGUGUUCCUGACAGUCUGCAGUGCUGUGUCAGGCACUGGGAAAAUAGAGCAUUAGAAAACACUUGAGGAGAGUUGGAUCUGGAAGAGUGGGAGGCUGAGCUCUUCUGCUGCCCCUGCAUCCUGGUAUCCCUUCCCUUCCCAGGGUUAUACCUGUGCCCAACACUCCUUGGUCAAAAGGCCCAGUGAACUGGUAUUUAUUUUAGUUAACAGAAGAGUUUUUCUUUUCUGGCUCUUCCAACAGUUUUUUAACUGGAAAAGAAUCCCACUGGUCACCUGUCUAUCCCCAAAAGGUAGCUGGCAUGACAUUUUAGCUGAUUACCUUCUGUGUUCAGACCAUAUAUAGGCACCAGCUUAUUCUGUACCUGCUGGAUCACCCAAAUAGGGAACAAACCCCAGAUGUUCUUCCAAAUCUCAGCCCAUUCCUACAGCUUCCACUGUUUUACACUUGUGUUUUGUAGAUGCAGUUGCCUUUUACACUCCUUUCUGGCAUCUGUGGUCUGGCUCACCUUUGGGAAGUGCAUGUGCAGUAUUUUAUGUGAUUGAAUCCGGGGGGUUGAUGGUUUUACCUGGCAUGCUGUAAGCACAUAAAUAUGUUCCUUUGAUUUUUUUUCCCUUAAAAAAACUGACCCAGGGUCACCCCCCGCAGAGCCGAAGCAAUGUGUGCCCUGACCAUUUCCAAUCGAGAAAGAUCAAAGGUGUCCUGUGAUUUCACAUCAGUGCAGGUUCAGAGCUUGUCUCUCCUGAUGUUUUUAGCUCUUUUAGUUUGACUGAAGCUGCUGACUUUAAACAAUUACAGCCUGCCAGAGAAUGCUUGUCAGUCACACAGAUCCGUGUUCAGACUCAGAAAGUGUUCAACCCUACCACCCAUACACUGAACCUUGAAGUGCAACACUCCUGUCACCUUCUAAGUGCUCUUAUUCUCCUCAUCCUCAUAUUAGCAAAGGUUUUUAUAAUUGUUAAAUUAUCCUUACAUUGUCUUUUAAAAUGCUAGGUAGCUCACUGUUGGGGCCUCCCACCUCCAGGGGUGUUAACUCCUCCUCUGCCAGGCUGCUUUGGGGAAAAACCACUCAGGUUCUGCAGUGCUCAGCCCACUCUGUGAUAGCUGCUGGUGUCCAGUGACACAGCAGAGCCAUGGAGGGAGAUGUAAUUGACUGAUUUGGUAUGAAAAGGUGCUAAUUAAGAAGGUCUUUCAUUAUUGGGGUAGCAGACAGGCCUGAUGUUGGCUCUCUAUCAGUGGGAACAGAGGCACUGCACUGACCACCCCUUCCCUGUGUUGGUGCUAAAUUCCUGAUACCAGGAAUUUAGAAACAUUCAAAUGCAAGCAGAGUGUGCAGGCAGCCUUGGCACAGUGAGGAGAUCCAGCAUCCCCAGGGGCUUGUGGGGCCACCAAGUUCCCUCAGGAAGCAGCACUGCUCACCCCAAACAGCCAGCAGGGCUGGGGCCACUCCAGUGAGGGCCCUGCUCAUUCACACCCUGGCCUGUGCUGUUUGCAGCUGGCUCCUUGGGUCCUGUCAGCUACAGCUUUGUUUCUUAUAUUAAGAAGCCUGUGAAGUUGAACCCCUUGAGAAAGUUGAUUUCUGCAUCUGAACAAUCACUACUUCUUAGUCUGUCAUACCAGCGUGGGCUUCAGACUGGAGAGGGUCACCCACGAUACCCAGAGCUGGAACAGGUGAUGUGGAUUCAAGCACUAGCAACCCCAGAAACAUCAACUGUUUCUUGUGGCAUUCAUUUUUUAGCACUUCUCCCAGGCUCAGACUUUAUUUUGUAAUUCAACCUCAGUAAAACACUUCUUUUCCGUUUAAAUUAUUCCUUAACAGGUUUCACCAUGAGACGUCAUACUCCUUUCCUUAAAUUUUAAAAGUCUGAUAUUUUUAAAUAUGUGUUUUGUUAUAUUGAUGUUGGACUGAAUAAAUGUUUAACUGUAAAGUCAAUGCAUGAUUUAAAAAAUGAGGGAUAAAAUGUCAUUGUCUGCAAGAACUGUACUAAAAAACAAUUUAUAGGAGAACCACUCCAGUGCUCCAUGGAAGAGACAAAGUGCUCAGCUCAAUUUUUGGUCUCUUGGUCUCAGUUUGUCCCCUGACUUGGCAUGAGCUUUGCUACAUUAAAACCCCAAAUGCUCCAUUUUCCUUUCUUUUGAUCAAGUUUCACAACAUGAUUCUGCAAUCCUGGUGCUGUCCCUGGGAGAGCCUCAGUGCAGGUGUUGCCUGGCUGGGACUGUUCCAUGAGUAAUUUCCAAUAUCUUUAUUCCUUCCGAAGGAGUGUCCCUGUACAAUCAAGCACAGAUGUGCUCUGCUGUUGUUAUUUCAGUGUAAGAGCCUUGAGCAUUGUAGCAAGGACAGUCAGGGGAUUGUAUCUGUCACAGAGCUGCUUUGUGGGGACACUCCCAUGCAAGUGUGAGAGGGUGGUAGGAUAAUGGCAUUUCCCUCUCCUGCUGCAUGUGGAUCCCCACAUCCAUGCUGGGCUAAGCUGACCCCUCUCAGCAGCAGCAGAGCCUUUCAUGGUGCAGUGCUGUGGUGACCAAGGGGAAGAAAACCAGCAGUCUCCAGACCAGGAUGUGAGCAGAGGUUGGCACCCCUUGGGUGCCCCACAAGAUCUGAACACACUGUCACAGCUCGUGGCACUCAUUCUGCAAAUGGUUUCAAACAAGCAAUCACUGCUGCACUGCUGAGAUCCUGCUGAAACCAGGAGCUCUGCAGAAUCCUGCUUUAAACCCAGAGUGACUUCAUGGCAGUGAAUCAAGGCCAGCAUGUGAAUCUGUGUAUCAAAGUGGAGCCACCCCACUAACCAUACAUCGACCACUGAAUGCAAUGAUCCUCUUGGGGUGUCACUGUUUUUUCAUAUUUACCUUUCCCUGCCUGCUUUCUUGUUGUAUUUUCCAGUAUUUGUGAUUAUUCUAUUUUUAACCUUCCAGUCAGUGUCUUUUCAUAGAAUCUCCUCUAUGUAAAUAAUUCCAACUCCCCCUAGUUCUGCCACUAGGGAAAUGAGAAAAAGUGUCAAAAAGUCACUUUUCUGGGAACGUUGUUUUUUUGUUAUAAAAUGUCUCUAGCUAAACUAAUCCACAAAAGGAGAGCUUCCACUUGGGGUGUGAGCGCAGUCUCCGUGCGUCCCUCCCUUCCGACAGUGCUGCUGUGACACUGAAUAUCCCUUCUGUGAAGGCUGCUGGAACUGAGUUUUGUAUCCUUGUUCCUGCUAACGAGCGCUUUCCAUUCUGUUUGUAUCUGGUAAAUGAAUGUGUAUUAAUGGACUGAAAAUACAACCGAUCAUCAUGUCACA